CUCUUUUUUUUUGGUCUUUUUCACCUUCUCUCUCUCUCAAUCUCUUCACGUAUGUCUGCUAAAACUGCCAUUUUUGCAGAUUCAGAAGAUCAUUAUAACCUUUCCUUCGUCAUCACCACAUCUUUUUUUUUACUGUUCUCUUUGUUUUUUUUUUUUCCUUCUCUUCUUUAAUUAAUUGUAAUUAUUAUUAUUAUUAGUACCCAUCUUCUUCGCCUUCGUCGUUCUCUUCUUAUUUUGCUUUAUUUGUUUUUGUGUUCGUCUGUUUAGCUAUGGUGGAGGGUUUUGAGCCCUACCAUGUCCCACAGCAAAGUAGAAGAGAUAAGUUAAGAGUUGUGGCUCAAAGCCAUCCUGACCUUCAUGGUAGUACUGGGUUAUUACACAAUUUAUGCUAUUCUUCUCUUAUCUGUUCAGAUUUGUUAGCUUGUGCUAAUAACUCACUUUCUGCUGUUAGUGAGGCUUGCAAAGCCAACCCAGUUUGUGUAGCUAAAGAAGAAGGUGCAAAUUUAAUCAGUUUUGUUGGUGGGAUUGUGAAUAAUGCUGAUGCUUCCUCUUCUUCGACUACUCAUCAUUUUUAUCUGGAUCCGCAAUCUUAUUUACCUUUGAACCCUAGUUCCAUUCAAGAUAUUAACGGCAUCACUUUCCUUUAUACUCCACAUAAUGUUCAAAACCUUAGAGAUAUUGACCAGCCAUUUAAAGGUGGUGGCGAUGAAGCUGUUGCGUUUAAACCAGAACCGUUGUCUUUGACUCGUGAGUCAAGUCAAGGCUUGUCUCUAUCUUUGUCUUCUCACCACACCCAACAAAGUAAUCUCCCUUUAGAGCUUAAUUUGCAAAGAUAUGGGUCUGCCGUCUAUAUCGAUAAGGUUACUACUGUUGGUGGUGGUGGUGGUAGAUAUACAGUUCCUGACAUUGUUGGAGCUAGUGGCUCUACCUCGAAUGAGUUGUCUAGAAGUUCGGUUCCUCUUGGGCCGUUUACAGGCUAUGCUUCGAUUUUACAGGGAUCAAGGUUUUUGAAGCCUGCACAACAACUACUUGCAGAGUUUUGUGAUGUGGGUAGGGGAAUUUACAGCGAGAAGAUUACUGUGGAUGGCUCUUUAAUGGAUCCUCCUUUUGAAUGUUUGAACUCGUGUGGAAUUGUUGAUGAGCCACAUAAUUGUGGAGAUGGAGGUGAAAGUCGGAGAAAGAAGUCAAAGCUGAUUAGGAUGUUAGAUGAGGUUCACAGGAGGUACAAGCAUUAUUAUCAGCAGAUGCAGGCAGUAGUGGCAUCUUUUGAGUGUGUUGCUGGGCUUAGUAAUGCAGCUCCCUAUGCAAACUUGGCAUUGAAAGCCGUGUCUAAACAUUUCAAGUCUUUGAAGAAUGCAAUAACUGACCAACUUCAGUUCAACAUUAUGGGCCAUGGUCAAGUCAGCCAUGUAAAGGAAGAGACUUCGAGGUUUGGGAACAUUGAUAAAAACCUAUAUGUUAGGCCUGUUCAAAAUUCAGGAUUCAUCGAGCACCAGCCUGUUUGGCGACCUCAAAGGGGGCUUCCUGAACGUGCUGUAAUUGUCCUCAGGGCAUGGUUAUUUGAACACUUCUUGCAUCCUUAUCCUACAGAUACAGACAAAUUAAUGCUGGCCAAGCAAACUGGUCUAUCACGGAGCCAGGUUUCUAAUUGGUUCAUCAAUGCAAGAGUAAGGCUCUGGAAACCAAUGGUGGAAGAAAUACACAUGCUGGAAACGCGGCAAGCACAAAAGUCUUCACAAAUGGAGGAGCAAAAUGCCAAGAAUUCAAGCGAUCAGGUACCUCCUUCAGACUCUGUCGUAUCUGACAACCCCUCAACCUCCACCCGAAAGGCUCAAGAUGUUCCACCCAAACGCACUAGAAAUGGUCUUCCAAAUUUACCUUCAGGGAAUGAGGAACCAUUGAAUCUGUCUUACAACAGUUUGUCGAGCCAUUCACCUGUGGGAGUUGGCAUAAGCACAACAGGCAGAAGCAGUGGUGUUUCCUUGACGUUGGGUCUUCACCAGAAUAAUGGGAUUGGCUUGUCAGAGCCCUUUCCUAUGCAUGCAGCACAAUGUUUUGGCCUUGGUCCUGAAACAAGCAGCGAGGGGUUUGUUAUGGGUGGUUUCGAAACACAAAAUCGGCACUUCUGAAGGGAUGCUCUUGGAGGCCAACUUUUGCAUCAUUUUGUCGGUUGAAGAUUUUGAUACAAAAUGCUUUUUUGGGUCUAUCAGAACCCAAACUCUGAUAGAAAAAUGUCAAAUGCAUGCCCUCAAAUGGUGUAACAAGUUAUGUUUGUUGAAUUGCAGUGUAUAAGAUCUCUUGAUGUUGUGCUUAAGAGAAAGGGUUGAUGUAAAAUUCUUCUGGUACAUUUAUAAUUAAGUUAUAAAAAAAUGAUUCCUCCGGAGGCAAAUUAAAGCUUGUGUAGACUGACAUUUGAUGGUGGUUCUGAGUGUGAAUGAUAGCUCGCAGUUCACUA